CGGCGGCGGUGGCCCGUUCUCGUAUUACACUUUACAUUCGUUUCCAUUAUUUUUUCGUUUUUUCAAUGUAACGUUUGUACACCACUGUUGGUGCUUAAGUACGAGCAGUACUCGUCCUACCGCGGUUCAUUGACGUCGCGUUCCGCGCAAGGCCCCGCCGAACCGUGUCUUAUCGCGCACGUGCCAAUCCUGAUCACUGGACACUGGAUAUCGUGCACGGGCCAUCUCACACCAUCCGUCGUUCCUAAAUAGCAACAAUAAUUAAUCGUACGUUCUACUUACGGAUCUGUCUUGCGUGCAUGUGCGCCAGUCCGUUUGCCCUCCUCGUCCACUUCGCGUAAAAUGAGGUACAAACCUAGUGCCGCCGCGGUGCACACCGUUUGCUCGUGAUCGCGAUUCUAGCGUGUCGUACGACGCGGCUACACAUAUGACCGCUGUUGUGUAGUCGACGUAAACGCCUGUCAGCGUCGUAACACAGUCUACUUCAACUGUUGGACGUCCUGUCGCACAAGAGUCUAACCAGAUACGCACCUACGGAGUUCUCGGCUCAACCAUAUCCAUUCCGUUGGUUAAAAUCCCUAAAACUAACAUCAGAAUGGAAGCUGACUGUAGAUCUACUUCAAAUCAAAAAACUGAUACAGCUAAUAUUCCAAAUUAUAAUUGGAAAGAUGUUACUCCUGAAUUUUUUGCUUCUAUUAAAGAACUGGAACUUGGUGAACUUUUACAUGGCUACUUUUUUGGCUUAUUUGAAGCAAUGUCUGCUAUUGAAAUCAUGGAUCCAAAAAUGGAUGCUGGCAUGAUGUGUAAUCGAGAAUCAAAAGCAAUUAAAUUGGAAGAUUUGAAAUUAAAUGGGCUAACUGUAUCUGAACAAAUAUCAAUUAUAGAUGUAACAUUAGCUUGUAUUGUAUCCUGGCUUGAAGGUCAUUCAUUAGCACAAACUGUAUUUACAAAUUUAUACUUUCAAAAGCCUUAUGAUAUUGAAGUUGUUCCUUUGAAAGCAUUUUGUAUAUGUGUCUACAAAAUAAUUGAAGCUAUUAGAGAUUUUGCUAACAGAGCUCAGGUGUAUGAAGAAGAAGACUUUCAACCUGCGCUUUAUAACUAUCAUUAUUUUAAUGAAAUUUCUGACCAUCGUGUAAUUGGUAUGAUGAGAGAAGUUGAUGAGUCAAUAAACCAUAUACUUAAAUCAAAUCCCAAUAGUGAUGAAAAUGAAUCUUAUAUUGCAUUAAAUACGCGUAUUAAGUUUGUUAGACUUUUUCUUCAAAUUUUACUUUCUUUUAAUCGUCGUGAAAACCAUUCAAGUUCAAUGGGUGAGACUCAGAGAUUAUUGACAACUUGUGGAUUAUUAAUUCCUUCUCUAAUAAAGACUGUAGACAAAGGUGUUCCCAAAGUUGGCAACUGGUAUUAUGAUUUGGGUUUUGAUCCUCUUAUCAAUCAAAAAUUGUUACCACCUACUUUUCCUCGAUAUACUAAUAUUAAACCAGCUGCUGAAGCAUAUUUGUAUUUUGAUUCAUUAUUAACAAGACUGAAACAAAUUUGUAAAUUGACAAAUUGUGUAACUUUUAUUAGUGCUUUGGAAUGUUUUAUUGAACUGGGACACAACAGUCACUUAUGUAUUGUUUCAAGAUCAGUAAUGCAAACACUUUAUUUUCCACUACCUAACCGAGUGUUUGGUACACAGGAUUUUGAUGAUUGUCUACGAGAAUGGGCAAAAUCGUUUAUUGCCCCACCAUCACUUAUACCACGCUUAAAUAUUUUAUCUAAUUUUCAAGCUAAGGAAUGUGUAAAUAACUUUUUUGACCAUUGCACUCGUCCAUUUGCUGGGUUAAUUCAAAUUUGUGGUCAUAAUAAAGCUAGACAAAGAGAUAAGUUAGCUCAUCUUAUGGAAGAUUUUUCGGCAUUACAGGACGAGUCUCAGAGAGUAGAUGCUUUUUUGCACACAUUUUCAUCGAAAUUGGAUCCUCCAAGAGAGCAUUUGGCUAGUUAUAGUACAUGGAUAAUUUAUCAUACAAUUAGAAUAAUGAUUAUGUACUUGUUAUCUGGUUUUGAAUUAGAACUUUAUAGCCCACAUGAAUAUCAGUACAUAUAUUGGUAUUUAUAUCAAUUUCUAUAUGGUUGGUUAGUGUCUACUUUAAAUAGAGCUGAUAAUGUGUUACUCGGAAGUGAUUCUCCAGUUGAUUCUCAGAAAAAUAGAAAUAAAAGAAAUAAGCCUAAAAAAAAGAAAACACAUCCGUACACCCAAGAAAUUGUUAUGUGCCAUGCAAUGCAAAGUUUAACCGGCGCUUAUUUUAAGACUUUGAUAGGCUUUCAAUUAGAAGGUAAAAUUCGAACACCAAAACAUGCCAAAUUUGACAACGAAAGAGUUCGCUAUGAACAUCGAUUUGCUGCAUUCUCUGCAGUAGCUGUGCCACCACCAUUUUCUUAUAAUGAAUUUCAAAUGACCAGAUGCCAAACCCGCGAUAGUGCGUCUGGAGAUCCCAGGAUGUUAUACAUGAAUAGCUGUGAAUUGUUUCAUCAAGCAAGGUGUCUUUUAGAUAGCAUUCCUCAACCGCACUCACAACAAGUACUUGAUUUAAUUAAAGUCUGCAAAACAAAUUUUGUAACUAUGAAAUUAUUAGCUAGUGGAUAUAUGAGAGGACCAGAUGUGUCGUUAGACUUUGACUUUACGACCAAUUCUUACUUUCCUAUAUUGAAACUUAGCUAAUUAGUAAUAAUAGUCCAAAAUAAUAGAAAAUUAAUGUUUUAAAGACUGUUUAAACCUAAAAUAAUUCAAUGAA